AUGUUCUGGAGGAAGCAUCACGAUGAGACUCCCGCAGACACACCGCAGCAACCGAUCCCCCGCGAGAAACUUCCUUCUCAACUUCAGAAGAUAGUUGACCAGGAUGAUGGCUUCUACGAUGAUAUCUACUCCCCAUACUCCGUCGAUUCCACCGACACCCCCUACCGAUACGCCGGUUACGCCAACCGCAUCCGCACCAUCCUCCUCUCCGCCCACCGCUACGUCGCCUACACCUCCGACAUAGGCGAGUCCUUCCGCCCCGUCGCACACCCCUACCUCGUGCGCACCGCCUACGGCAUCUCCUGGACCUAUCUGCUCGGCGAUGUCGCCCACGAAGGCUACAAAGCCUACCUGCGCAACCGGCACGCCCUCGCCCCACCCGGCGAGGCCUACAAGGACGCCAAGGACCUCUCGCCCAACGAGGUCGUCAAGGGCAUGGCAACAGGCGACAUGGGCAGUCCCAGCGCUGCCGGCGCCGAGCUCGCCCCCUGGCCGACAACCCGCAUCCCCCUCAUCGAGGACUACCGCAUGGUAAUGGCCAAGCGGGCCGUGUUCCAGAGCAUCGCAAGCAUGGGGCUGCCGGCGUUCACGAUCCACUCGGUGGUCAAGUACACAGGGCGGGUGAUGAAGAACAACAAGAGCGUGUUCCUGCGGACCUGGACGCCUAUCGGU